UACUGAGAAAACAACAUAGCUUCCUCUUGUGUAGAUCUCGAAAAAACAUUAUUUUUGUAAUCCCAGUGUAAAUGAUUUUUUUUCGGUUUGUACACUUGUACAAUAGUGUAAUCGGAUGGAUUUCAGGUAGCCUAAACUUAUAUGAAUAGCCUACUAAAGAAAGCCGGUGGUGGCAGCUGAGUUGUCUAAAACGUUCCUAAUCCUUAUUCAUUAAAUUAUGAUAAACAUUUUUCACACGUGCGGUUAGUAUAGGCUUAUUAAACCGAGACAUAGCCUAAUCAAAUUCUUCGGGGUUGUAAAAAUAAUGUUUGAAGUAGAAAGGGAUUGCAAUCAUGACAACGAUGUUGCCACCGAAGAGUUCGUCGGGAUGGCUAACUUCUCUGCUAAUGGAAACAAUCAGCUUAGUUUUUCUCUAGGAGACAGAUUGCUCGUUCAUGAAAAGAAUUCAUCUGACUGGUGGUGGGCAGAGUUGGGAGGGCGUUUUGGAUAUGUUCCUUCCAGUUACUUGCAGCUGCAAGAGUCUGACCAGGACGACUCUUGGCAAGAUGAGGAAUACUUUGAAAGCUAUGGAACAUUGAGACUGCAUCUGGAGAUGUUGUCUGACAAGCCGCGUACCGAGACAUAUAGACAAGUCAUCCUUAGUAACCGGGCUACGCUAAAGGAUAAAGUAGUCCUGGAUCUGGGAUGUGGCACAGGAAUCAUCAGCCUUUUUUGCGCUUCUCUAGCUGAGCCUGCUGCGGUUUAUGCAGUGGAGGCAAGCACCAUGGCAGAAUACACAGAGAGACUGGUGAAGGCCAAUGGAUGCGAAGGAUUAGUGACUGUUCUCCGAGGCCGUGUGGAGGAACUCUCACUCCCAGAAAAAGUGGAUGUAUUGGUGUCUGAGUGGAUGGGAAACUGUCUCUUGUUUGAGUUCAUGGUAGAGUCUGUGCUGCAUGCUCGGGACCGUUGGCUAAAGGAGGGAGGAAUUAUGUGGCCAUCGCUAGCUUCCAUCACCAUGGUACCCUGUGAGGCCUUCAAUGACUUCAGUGAGAAAGUGGAAUUCUGGGAAAAGCCCUACGGCCUGGACUUCAGCUGCCUUCAACCGGUAGCUAAAAAAGAGUUCUUCUCCAAGCCAAAGUUCAGCCAUCAGAUCCGACCAGAAGACUGCCUUUGUACACCAAGUGAUGUCAUAACUCUCGACAUGCACACACUUCAAGUGGGUGACUUGGAGAAAUUAAAGGGGGAAUUCUGCUUCAAAGUAGAGAAAACUGGUGUUUUCCAUGGGUUCACAGCCUGGUUUAGUGUAGGGUUCCAUGGUCUUGAAAGGGAUGGGCCAACUAUGAUCCUAGACACAGGACCUCACUCUGAACCUACGCACUGGAAGCAGACACUAUUUAUGCUGGACACACCAACUACCGUCCAUACUGGGGAUUGCAUCUCUGGUGCUGUUGUCUUCCAGAGGAAUCCCAUUUGGAGGCGACAUCUGACCAUCACUUUUCAGUGGAGCAUCAAUGGCAAUAGCACCGGGCACAGCCAGCUGAAGACUUUUCCGAUGUGGCGAUGAACCACACGUAACCAGGCAUGGCUGACUGAGCAAGAAAAACAGACCGGAAACUGCUUGGCAUUGGAUGCUUGUAGAAUACCUAAUCCUUGCUGCUAGCACAAUCAGCUGUUUUCCCAACAUUUACUGUUUUAUUAUUUACAUUUUUAUUUAUUAAUUUAGCAUUUAUUCAUUUAACUUUUUUAAUUCAAAGUGACUUACAUAUGUCAAUUAUAUUACAAGGGACUACAUUGUCUCCGGAGCAACUUUGGGUUAAAGGAAAAUUCCGGUAUUUAGCACUUUGAGUCCCUUUUCUGGUUUGUUUUGGAUGAACUAGAGUGGUGGACACCGAAAUUUUGACGAUUGGUCCUGUCUCGACUUUUCUGACUCAUUUUGAAUCGCCUUUGACUACUUCAAAGUGGCUGCAACAGGCAUGCACAAACAUGUCCU